UCGUGAGCCUGACGGGAAGCCCGAGUGUUGACAGUUACCUAGGAAACGACUGUUGCCUUGCUGUAUAUGGGAGGAAAUCCGUCGCGCGCCCAGCGCUUAGCGGCUCGCCAUCAUGAGCUCCCAGCCGGUGCAAGGGCUGCCCCUCCUGCCGGGCUCAUCGUUUCGGGACCCCACGAAAACUGCUUUUCAUUGCUCUCAGACUUUGGGUUACAAGAAUGGUUUUGCCUUUAAGCGACUUCCAACUGUGGGGAUAGGUGGGAACCGGCUUUAUGUAAACCAGUUGUCCCAAGCUGAACUGGAUGAACUGUCCAACAAGAGACCAACAUUAACCUAUGGCCAACACAAGCAGGCCCCGCCUUCAGAUUUCAUCCCAGCACAUGUGGCUUUUGACAAAAAGGUGCUGAAGUUUGAUGGUUACUUUCAGGAAGAUGUCCCCAUAUCUACAGAAGAGCACUUCCGUAUCCGCCGAGUGGGCAUUUAUUACUAUCUGGAAGAUGAUAGCAUGUCUGUCAUGGAGCCCAUUGUGGAAAAUUCUGGGAUUCCUCAGGGCAAGCUCAUAAAACGGCAACGCCUACCCAAAAAUGAUUGUGGGGACCAUUAUCAUUGGAAAGACCUGAACAGAGGAAUCAACAUCUCUAUCUAUGGCAAGACUUUCCGGAUAGUUGAUUGUGAUGCAUUCACAGCGACUUUUCUGGAGAGUCAAGGAAUAGAACUGAACCCUCCAGAGAGAAUGAUUUUUGAUCCUUACACAGAGCUCCGUAAAAUGCCGCUGCGCAUGUAUGUCACUCCUUCGGAUUUUGACCAACUGAAGCAGUUUUUGGCCUUUGACAAAAAGGUGCUUCGUUUCUAUGCCAUUUGGGAUGAUACUGAGAGCAUGUUUGGUGAGAACCGGCGUUUUAUCAUCCACUACUACUUGGCAGAUGAUACAGUGGAGGUGCGGGAAGUCCAUGAGCGGAACGAUGGCAGAGACCCUUUCCCAGUCCUGAUAAGGCGACAGCACCUGCCCAAAAACUUUGUGGAGAAGAAAGGAACCUUCCCAACUUGUGUGCUGGAGAUCUCUGAUCAGGAGGUCCUGGAAUGGUAUACAGCUAAAGAUUUUUCUGUAGGCAAAUCCACUACCCUACUUGGGCGCUCUUUUUUCAUCUAUGAUUGUGAUGAGUUUACUCAGCAGUUUUGUCGGGACAAGUUUGGCAUCACAGACUUCCACCCAGUUGAUAUAAGGAAGCCACCCGCGGAGGAAGUGAAACAGAUAAUCCCUCCCUAUAACGGUUAUGGUUUCCUUGAUGACUCUCUCCAAAACUGCUUCAACCUGAUUCCACAAGCACCUAGGAAAAAUGUUAUCAAGAUGCUAGAGAAUGACCAUAAAGUGUUGCGUUAUGCAGUUAAAAUGGAAUCGCCAAAUCCUGAAGAUAGUAGGCGACGUUUCGUCCUCUCCUAUUGCCUCGCCACUGACAUGAUCAGCAUCUAUGAACCACCCUUGCGCAAUUCAGGAAUUAUUGGAGGCAAAUACCUAGGCAAGACCAGAGUCUCUAAGCCAGGGUCCUCUACAGACAACCCUGUUUACUAUGAACCAGCUGACCUCACCAUUGGGGCUAUGGUGGAAGUGUUUGGGCACAGGUUCAUUAUCACAGAUGCCGAUGAGUAUGUCCUGAAUUACAUAGAAAGCAAUUUAGAGAGUUUUCCAGCAGCAGUUGUGCAGUCAAUGAGGGAUCACUUUGCACCUCGCGGAGCAGCAACAGAGGCAGUAAAGAGGUUAGCUUCAAGUGAGCCUGACAAGCAGGAGCUAGAUGUGCUAGCUGAGCACAUACAGGAACACAUGAGGCGACAUAACUACUUGCCGGACAGCAACAUGCAAGCCGCGUUUCUCCAGCAAGACAAAGAUGGGUCAGGGCUCCUGAAGAACGAAGAAUUCUUUGCUCUCUGUGACCACUUUAAAGUGCCUAUUGACGACCCCAUUUUGCAGAAGCUUAUUGACCUUUGUUCUCACGGAGAAAACCAGAUAAGAUAUCCUAGCUUUCUCAGGGCGUUCCUGGGCUGAUCACCACAAAAGGUAUAAGCGACAGCAGCAACAGCAGGAAUUUUCCAUACGUAUUCCCUAAUGUAUAUUAAAUUGUGCUAAUUCUU